GCCACACCUACGUUAACUCUACAGCUCUUGGCUGUCAUCAUGGGGAAGGCUACGGUGUUUGAGAUAAGUUAUGACCAGCCUGAUGGAGUGUAUAACUCUGGCAGUAAAGUGAGCGGCUAUGUCAGGCUGGCUUUUGAUGUGCCCACACGGGUCAGAGCUAUUAGCAUUCGGUUCAAAGGCAAAGCCAAAGCCAAGUGGACUCAGCCUGUAGGUGAAUUGAAUAGGAAUACAAACGUUGUUGUUAGAGAACCAUACUUUGACCAAACGUUCAUGCUUAUGGGUGUUGCUCCACCGCUGGUCCAAAUCGACCAAGAACUGCCAAGGGGACUCCAUAACUUUAGAUUUAACUACCAGCUUCCUCUCGGUCUGCCCUCGUCUUUUAAGGUGUAUGAUGGUAAAGUGGAGUACCUGGCAGUCUGUUACCUCAUGUGGCCUGGAAGUUUGAACAAAAAGUUAAAAGUACCAUUCACCAUCAUUGGUUUCCUUGAUCUGAAUCGGAUUAUGUCAAUGGGGCAAGAAGGAGCAGAAGAACAAACUGUCUGCUGUUGUUGCUGCAAGACCGGCCCCAUCAAGGCGAGGUUUCACAUUGAGAAGAACACCUUCGUCCCUGGUGAGGCCAUCAAACUCUUUGCUGAAAUCAACAACGGCUCUGGGAGAAUCACCGAGACAUGCGUUUCUCUAAACAUGCUGUACACUUUCAAAUUAAACGAAAUGGAACAUCGUUCUGUGCGAGAGAUCGCCAAGGUUACAAGGCCUGGGAUAGCACCAUACGAGACGGAUGUCUGGUCUGGUGAAGAACUCGUGAUCCCGCCUACCCCACCGUCUUUUCUCCCAGGAUGCAAUUUGAUUGACAUAGAGUACUUUUUGGAGCUGAACAUUUCUUCUGCAAAUCUCGGCAGCUAUCCACCCAUUCGACUGAAGAUUAUUAUCGGGACAGUUCGAACAGUGACAACCACGCAGCCCGUUGCAUUACAGGUUGCACGUUUGGUCAUGCAGAUGGCGACAAAUAGAUUAUGGCCAUUCAAUUAA